CACUCCCUCCAGAGGAGGUGAGUUUAAACCCCGCCCACGUGACCCCAGCUGGGCCAAUGAGCGGCGGCGGGAGGUGAAAUCCGGUUCUAACCGGUCCGGGGCUCCCAGCGCUAUAAAAACUUUAUAAACCCCCCGGAGCCCGAGCAGUGUGAAGAAGAAGAGGCGAGAACGACCCCCGGACCGGCCAAAUCCCGCGCGCCGCUGCAUCCCCGCGUCCAGCGCUUACGUCCCGCCGCCGUCGCCACCAUGCCCAAGAGAAAGGCUGAAGGGGAUGCUAAAGGAGAUAAAGCCAAGGUGAAGGAUGAGCCACAGAGAAGAUCUGCAAGGUUAUCUGCUAAACCUGCUCCUCCAAAGCCAGAGCCCAAGCCUAAAAAGGCCCCUGCAAAGAAGGGAGAGAAGGUACCCAAAGGGAAAAAGGGGAAAGCUGAUGCUGGCAAGGAUGGGAAUAACCCUGCAGAAAACGGAGAUGCCAAAACAGACCAGGCACAGAAAGCUGAAGGUGCUGGAGAUGCCAAGUGAAGUGUGUGCAUUUUUGAUAACUGUGUACUUCUGGUGACUGUACAGUUUGAAAUACUAUUUUUUAUCAAGUUUUAUAAAAAUGCAGAAUUUUGUUUUACUUUUUUUUUAAGCUAUGUUGUUAGCACACAGAACACUUCAUUGUUUUGGGGGAAGGGCAUAUGUCACUAAUAGAAUAUCUCCAAAGCUAGAUUGAUAAAAGGGGAAAAACACCUUUCCCUUCUAGUUUUGAGAAACUUCCUCUUGGCUCCCAGGAGGAGGGAUUCCUUGAUGUUGACACACAUGAGCCGCCUUGGCACAAACCCCUCGGUGGUGUGGAAAAACUAAAACUCAUUUUUUUAUGUCUUCUUCUCCCUGUCUGCCUUCAACAUAGACUUGACUCCCUUAAACCCAGAGACCUGUUGGAACCUGACCCCCAAGACAUGGUUCCCAGUAUGUCAGGCAAUCUGGACUUUACAGUGUCACCACUGAGAUGGCAUCCCUCAAAAAAGUUCCUUUUUUAGCUCGUGGAUCUUCAGAUUGAUAAUUCUGCCAUUUUCAUUUCAUUUCCUGAAAGUCAGGGUCGGCUUGUGAAAAGUUGUUAAACAACAUGCUAAAUGUGAACUGUCAACCCUCACUCUAAACUUUCCCUGUUCAGAGCAUCUACAUGAAGACUUCAUUGGGUUUUAUAGUGGCUUUCUGAUUUUGGUAGUCCAUUGAAGAAGGGAGUUUGAAAGUUGUUGUAUACUGUUAACGAUUGUCUGCCCAUGUCCUGCCUGAAAUACCAUGAUUGUUUAUGAAAAGUAUCUUUAAUAAAGCUGGAUACAGUUUGGCUUGGAA